GAUGUCUUCUUUUCAUUUAUUUAAUAUUGAAUGAUUCACAAUUGAGAUUAGAUUGUUUGUCAUCUGAUCUAUAUUCUAUAAUACGAGCAAGUUGACCACAUCUCCAACAUGUGGCCAUGGCAUCAUCCUCAUCACGCCAUGGACUCAAGGUGCUCAACCAGUGUUCAAUCUCUCCUCCAAAGGGUUCAGUGCCAGAGACAUCCAUCCCUUUGAGCUUCUUUGAUCUUCUAUGGCUGCAAGCCGGCGCCGUCGAGAGGCUCUUCUUCUACAAGUUCUCCCACUCAACCUCUCAUUUCAUCGAUCACUUUCUUCCAACCAUGAAGGCCUCCCUCUCCCUCACUCUCCAGCACUUGUUCCUUCUUGCCAGCCGUGUUCGAAGCAUUCCUGAUUCGGAGCACAAGUUUGAUUAUCAUUUUACUGAAGGUGAAGGCAGUGUUCCGUUCAUCCUAGCUGAAUCUGAGGCUGACUUCGACACACUCUCCGGCGACCAAGAUAGAGAGUUUAAGCAUCUGCAGCCUUUGAUUCCCAGCUUGGUACCACUCUCUGUUUGUGAUGGUACUAGCUCUAUCAACUUCAUCAAGUCCUGGGCAGCCACUUGUAGCUCUGCAGCAACUACUUCCAUCGUUGCAGCUCCUCCAUUCUAUGACAGAACAGAGCUCCAUGACUCAAAGUUGCAUUCCCUCUUUCUCCGAACCUUGGUCGAAGAUGGUGCAUUAAUAGUGAUCGAAAACUCAUCCACGACUGUCGACGAAGUGAUUUUCUCUACGUUUUCUCUCAAAGCAGAGCAUGUAGACAAGCUCAAGAAAUUUGUACUGGACAAGAAUGAAGAGUAUCAUCAGCCAUUCCAUUGUUCUACAUUUGUGAUUGCCUGUGCUUAUGUUUGGACAUGCCUGAUCAAGUCAACAGGGUGGCCACAUGACAAAACUGCUUACAUGUGUUUCCCGGCCGAUGCCCGGGGUCGUCUGAGGCCGGCAUUGCCACCGGGAUACUUUGGAAACUGUCUUGGAGGCUGUAUGUUACAAAUGAAAGUGGCCGAGCUUGUGAACUACGACGGUGUUCGAAAAGCAGCAGAAGUUAUUGGUAGUAGUAUUUAUAAGUUAAAUUCUGGUGGUGUGCUCCGAGAGGCGGAAAAUUGGCCGGAAAUAAUCAAAGAACUGGCUUUGGAGGAGAAGGUAUUGUCAGUUGCAGGAUCACCGAAGUUUCGAGUUUACGAUACUGAUUUUGGGUGGGGAAAACCAGUGAAGGUUGAGAUAACUUCAAUCAGGAAUUCUUUAUCAAUGGCAAUGACUGAAAGCAGGGGAAACACAGGAGGUGUUGAGAUUGGUUUUGCUAUGCCUAAAGUUGAGAUGGAUCAGUUCAGAGCUCAUUUCAUUGGAGGUCUUGAGCUUCUUUAGACACUAUUUGGGCAUUUCUCUAUGAUUUUCUCAGAAUCCGGAUUUAAAUGGCAUGCAAAUAAAUUUUAUAUAAUUUUAAUGGAUUAUUAUAUGGUGUUCCCCAAAAACCAUUGCAUAAAGGUUUUAUAAUAAAAAUUGGGCUAAGGUUUUUUC